GCAGAAAUGAAUUUUGAUGACAUUCUCUGCCAUAUUGGAGGUUUUGGACGGUUCCAGAAAACCUUGUAUGUGUGGAUCUGUCUACCUCAAAUCUUUCUUGCGUUCCACAUGCUGGUCUCAGUCUUCACCGGGGCCGUUCCCCCUCAUUUAUGCCGCUCCACGCGGCCCUCGGCGGCAGCUCCAGCCUUUUCCAACUUCAGCCUUGUGGCAGUCCCUGAUGGACGGCCGGAUUUGUCCUGCACAUUCUCCCUGAACCACAGUGACUCUGAGACUACUAAUAGACAACCUACUGGGAGGUGCCAAGGUGGCUGGGACUACAGCACCGAGACUUUCAAAAGUACCGUAGUAACUGAGUGGGACCUGGUCUGUGAUAGUGCCACCAUGAACAACGUGGGCUCCUCCAUCUACAUGUUUGGCCUACUUGUAGGAGCUGCAGUGUUCGGAAGCUUAGCUGAUAAGUACGGACGCAGGACCAUCAUCCUCGUCAAUCUGGCCACUCAGGCUGUGUUUGGUGUUGGUGCUGCUUUCGCCCCUAAUUUCUACAUCUACACUGCCUUUCGCUUUAUGGUUGGAACAUCUGUUUCUGGAGUCAUAAUAAAUGCCUUUGUCCUAGGCACAGAAUGGACGGGAUCUAAGCAUCGGAUGCUGGCCGGUAUAAUAACUGACUACUUCUUUGGUGUUGGUUACAUUUUGCUGGCUGCUGUGGCGUACCUCAUAAGAGACUGGCGCAAACUGCAGCUCACCAUUUCAGCGCCUGGCUUCCUCUUCAUUUUCUACGUCUGGGUGUUACCAAAGUCUGCUCGCUGGUUAAUGGCCAAUGACAGGAAAGAGGAAGCGUGGGAGCUGAUCCAGAAAGCUGCACACAUGAACGGGCAGCCCCUCGCCAAAGAUCUGGAGAUGUGUAAGGGGCAUGAAAAUACAGAGAAAACAGAGGUGAAGAAAAAACACUCAUGCAUAGAUCUUCUUCGUACCCCUAAAAUGAGGAAGCAGUCUUUGAUUGUUUUCUAUCUCUGGUUUGUCAAUGUGCUGGUGUACUAUGGCCUGUCCCUCAACAUCUCUGACUUUGGCAUGAACAUCUAUCUGACCCAGAUGGUCUUUGGCCUGGUAGAGAUGCCUGCACGCACCAUCACCCUGUUCACCCUCAACCGAUCCCGCAAGAUCUCCCAGCUGGCUUUCCUCGCUGUUGGCGGGACCGCCUGCCUGCUGACCGUCUUCAUCCCCUCUGAUUUAUCUGUCAUCAAAAGUGUCCUGGCGAUCAUUGGGAAGUUUGGUAUCACAGCUUCUCUGUCCAUUAUUUAUGUCUACUCUGCUGAGGUGUUCCCCACUGUGAUCAGACAAAACGGGAUCGGUAUGGGCUCCAUGUGUGCUCGGACAGGAGGCGUCCUGGCGCCUAUGAUGUACCUGCUGAGGAACAUCAGUCCUCAUGCUCCCAUGGUGCUUUGUGGCGUCUGCCCCCUGCUGGGCUCCGCCCUAACAUUGCUGCUGCCUGAGACGGCCAAUAAGCCGCUACCUGACACUAUUGAAGACAUAGAGGGAACCACACUCAGUGAGGAGGAUGGAGGCGUGCGGCCAAUCAUCUGUGAGCCUCAGCAGCAUCAGCAUAAACUGACAAACAACAGUAAGGAUGAAGAACAGCAGUUUAAUCCAGGAUGGUAA